UCUUUCUCAUUCCUCGCAGUACAAAUGGCGGACAAAGGGGCGAAGUACUCGUCUUUUAUUAUAUUUAAUCUCUGUUCUUUGCAACUUCAUAAAAGAGAGCUCUAGAUUAAGUUAUCACCCCUGCUAGCUUCUUUCAGCCUUUUGCUAGCAUGACUUUUUCCACACCUUCAGUCUCCCAUCUUACCGCCGAGGAUUUUGAAUUGGUCUAUGAACCCGCCGAGGACUCGUUCCUCAUGAUGGAUGCACUUGAGAAAGACGCUCAGCUUCUCCAUGAGAUAAGCCCAUCCGUUUGUGUGGAAGUUGGCAGUGGGUCUGGGGUGCUGAUAACAUUUCUUGCAAGUAUCACAGGACCUCACUCACUUUAUAUAGCAACAGAUAUAAACGCCAAGGCGGCACUAUGUACGACAAGAACAGCUAAGCAAAAUGGCUGCACAGUGAGUGCAGUUGUCACUGAUCUGUUGUCUUCAAUGUACUCAAGGCUUAAAGGAAAGAUUGAUGUGUUACUCUUUAACCCUCCUUAUGUUGCCACACCUACUGAUGAGGUUGCAAGUGAAGGAAUACAAGCGUCAUGGGCUGGUGGGAUAAAUGGCAGGCAGGUUACAGAUCGCCUCUUGCCUGUUGUGUCUUCGUUGCUGUCCCCUAAAGGAUGUUUCUAUCUUGUUGCUGUAGCUGAAAACAAACCAGAUGAUAUAAUCUGUUUUCUUGAAAAGUAUGGCCUUCAUGGAGAAACAGUGCUACAGCGAAAAGCAGGUUGUGAACGAUUAUCUAUCCUUAGGUUUUCGCACAAGAACCUGUAAUUGGUGGAAGCGUUUGCAUGAGAUGUCGUCAUCUUUCACAAGAAUCUCUGAUUGGGGAAGCGUUUGCAUUAAUGUCGUCAUCUUUCACAAGAAUCUCUGAUUGGUUGAAGCGUUUGCAUAAGAUGUCAUCAUCUUCCACAAGAAUCUCUGAUUGUUGGGAGCGUUUGCAUGAGAUGUCGUUAUCUUUCACAAAAAUCUCUGAUUGCUGGAAGCGUUUGCAUAAAUGUCGUCAUCUUUCACAAGAAUCUCUGAUUGGUGGAAGCGUUCGCAUAAAAUGUCAUCAUCUUCCACAAGAAUCUCUAAUUGGUGGGUGCAGGAGAUGUCGUCAUCUUUCACAUGAAUCUCUGAUUCGUUGAAGCGUUUGCAAGAGAUGUUGAAAAUCUUUCACAAGAAUCUCAGAUUCGUGGAAGCGUUUGCAUUAGAUGUCAGUCAGAAAUGUAGUCCAUGGUAACUUUUUGCUUGUGUGUUGAUAUAAAUUUGAAAGCAUCUAAACUAGAAACCAGACAAGAUACUCUACUGGACAUUAGUCUAGGAUCCACAAAAGUCCCUGUAAAUAAUUUUAGAUUAUGAUGCCUUUCCAUCGA